UUCAAAACCGAAAACAGUGAAGUUGUGAACACGCGGAGAUCAUCCGAGUUGCAAAAUGGGAAAUGUUGCCAUGGUGGCUGAACUUCCUUCAGGGAAUGUCAUGGCGGUGGAAGGUGGCGGCAAGCCAGCAACCUAACCUGUUCAAGUACAUUGGUUUCCUCAACCUUCAGGGCUCUCGAAGGACCUCUCGAACAGGUCCUCCAUCCUGUUCAAUGUCUAGUCUGAUCUCUGUUUGCUUGGCAAUUGCAACGCCCAUUUGUCAAUGAUUACAAUGCAAAAGGAUCGAAGCUGCCACUCCCUUCAAAUAGUCUGGCCUUCCAUUUGGAUGAGAGUUGCCGAAGCUGCAAGCAGAAUCCCUCGACACCCCCCGCAAUUUCGCAAUGACGACCCUGUACGUCGGCAAAUUCAACCUCUCUGCAGUCGGAGAAGAGCAGCUGCGGCGCGCCUUCCAACCCUUUGGUUCCCUGAACUGGGUCCGUAUCAAAGAGGGCUAUGCAUUUGUGGACUUUGCGGAGGAAUGCGCCGCGCAGGAUGCGUACCAAGCGCAUGAGCACGGCCUUGUGCUGUACGGGGAACGGAUGGUUGUCCGCUGGGCGAGACUGCAGCAGCGGCAAGGGGUUGCUCAGGCAAAGUUUCCUCUGGUAGAGACAAAGGGCAGCGACGAACGCCGGUUUGGGGGACCUCAUGUCACGAAUGUGAGGCCCUCUUUCCAGGGCACGAGAAGGUUUUGCACCAUAUGUUGCAGGGCGGGGCAUGAUACUAAUGUAUGCUACUAUAACACUGCUGUAAAGCGGGAGGCUCGGGGUGGCGCCGAGCGGGGUGCCAAGGUUGCUGCUUGGAGGGCGAGGGGAGAUGACCACGGCAGAGAUCAGAGGAGGGACAGGGAUACGACCAGGCUGGCGAAGGGCACAAAGCUGAGGGGGGCCAAUCGAGCAGAGCACAGGCCAAAUGCAAGGGACAGGGGCACUUUGGAAGGAAAGGCACAGGCUUGCGGAGGGAACCCUGAGAAGGUACCUGCGGCCGAAGGAACCGGUGGCAGAGCGAAAGAGCGUCCCCCUGAGGGCAAAGGUGCACAUAUUGAGAAUGCCAAGGCGCUGGUUUGCGCAGCAGAGAUGCAAGCUUCGGGCAGCAAAAGGAAGGGGCAGAGCGGGAGCAGGGGACGCUCUAGGAGCCGCAGUGUGACCCGCUGCUCGGACAGCCGCUGCAACUGCCAGCAAGACAGGAAUGUCUUCCUUUCCCCUCCUCGAAGCCUCAGCCCCUCCGCCUGCACUGCAAGCUCGCCCAGCAGGGGCCGGCACGCACCGCGCCAAUCGCUUUCCCCGCAGAAGGAAAAGCAAGACGCUCCUCUCAGAACCACACCCCGGAGCGUCAGUCCUCCGCGGAAGAAGGCAAAAGUCCUAGUCGAUCCUGGAUUGGUGGAGCCCGCAAUGGGGCCUCCUGUAGGCAAGGGCAACCGCAGCGCAUGGGACGAUGGGCCCAGGGAGAAACAAAGUGGAAGUGGUGUUUCCUCGGGCCCGGGGGCAGAGGUGGAGAAAGCGGGGUUGAUUGCACAAGCUGGGAGGGGACAGGAGGGGAAGCGGAAGUGGGGGACGGAUGCGAGGGGGACGGGGGGUGGCAAGGACUUGGGGCAGGCAGAAAGAGCUGAUGAACCCCCUGCAAAACGGGCCCAGCUUUCCAACCCCCCCGAGCCGACACCACUUGAUCGCGCCCCCCAUAACGGGAGUCUCCCUACCAAACCUCAUAAGCGGUUGGAGCUUGCAGCGCUGGGUAAGGAGGAUAUGGUGAUCCCCCGGAUCACUGAGUGGCAGUUCGAGACGCAGGAAGAUGCGGCGGAAGAUGAUGAAAUCACGAGCGUCAGUAACAAGCGGCCCCUCCCCGGCACGGAUCUGCCGGCCCGGCUGCGCCCUAUCCGCUGGAGGAACAUCGGGAAGGACGUGAAGCGCGGCCGCGGCUGGAAGAACGGGCUGGAGAUUCUGGCCAGGGGGUGGGAGAGCGGGCGGUCGAAAGAAGCGAGGGGGGUGGGUGAGGUGCCCCAGGGAAGGACGGGGUGUGAACGAGCCCAAGAAAGCAGGAAGGUCAUUGGUGACCCUUCCAAGGUGCGGGGAGAUAAGGAAAGCCUGGCACCAAGCUUCGGGACCGGUAGAAAGGCAACUCAGGGGGGUGACAGCAAGGACCGAGAGGAGCGGAUGGAGCCCCGACUGCCGACAGUGGACACCCCCUCCAGGGGGGCGAGAAUGUCGGGCGGCACCUCUGGGGACGGCCCCCCCAAGCAAGGGGAUGCUGCUGUGCAACCUGCAACUGAGCGUGUGCAAGCGGGCGGCCAGGCAACGGGUCUCCUCAGGGUUAAGGCCGGGUCGGAAAAAACCGCGGUUGCAGUCGAACCAGCAGGGGAAACAGUCGAUCCGGCAAGGCUGACUGAGCUGCGUCCGGCAGCGCUCCAAUCCGUCCAGGGGUUUGAAGCUGUCCCGGUUCGGUACAAAUAUACCCCAGAGGUGACAGCGCCUGCGCCAACGUGUGCGGACGGUCCGGACCCUGCCAAAGCGUCCGAAAAUCCUCCAGAAAUGUCUGGACGCUCCCUAGAAGCGUCCGAACGCCCCCAAGAAGCGUUUAAAAGCCCCGCAGAAGCGUCUGGAAACCGUCCAGAUGCGCCUGCAAGCCCAGCGGGGGCGCCCGAGAUAGCGGAGAUCUGCGACAGUGAUGCGCCAAUUCCUCAGAUGGAGCUCAAAGCCCCGGAAUCAAUGGCUCCGGGAGAUACGUCAAGCCCUGAGCAGCAACUGCCGCCGGAAAGCAAACCCUCUCCCGAAAAGGCAACCGAAAGCGCCCCCACCCCGAAGUCCGCCGGAACCUCGGACCCCAGAAGCUUGUCCGAACCCAGAACUCCACUGCCCGGGUCGGAGUUGGCCGCUCCUCAGCCUGCAGACGAAUCUGCACCCACGUCAGGCGGGGGAGACAAGAUUCAGCCGUCAAUUGUGGAACCGAGUACGGCCGCCCCGAAGCGGAAGCGGGGGAGGCCUCCAAAGAAGAAGGCCCCGGAGGAAUCGAAGGAUACCCCCAAGCCCAAGGCCCGAGUCAAGCGGGCAGAACCCCUAAGCACGGAGGGCCCUAAGCCGCAAAGGGCCAGGGCUCGGAAUCUCAAGAACCCGCCGGAACCGGACGAAAUGCCGGCUGCCCCGAUCCAAAAACUGCCCGAUUGCAGGAAAACGGCAUCUGAACAGCAGCCGGGGGUUAGAGGACCGGAGCCGGCGGAUGCGAGCCAGACCCCUGGCGUGGUCGCAGGUGGCGAAGACGGGUCUUCGGUGGACCUCGACGAUCUGCCGCUGUCGGACAGGGUCGCGGACGCGAUCAAGGCCCGGGGAAGCUUCCAUACCAGGGCGAAGACCGGCGGCGCCGGAAUGGUAGCGACAGCAAAGUCGAACAAGGGCGCGCUUUCGGGUUGGGCAGUCGGAGGAAAAGGCAGCUUUAAGGAGGCCUGCUAUCCGGUGCAGACGGAGCAGAAUGUCUGCUUGCUCGUCUUUCCGAAGGAUCGCUCCGAGGCACAUCAGGCGAUCGGCGAGCCGGACCCCUAUUCCCAGCUGGUUCUGGAUUUCCCCGGGGUACUGACUCCCGAGAUGGUCUUGGAACCGUCGGCUUUCAGCAGCGAAAGCCAACACAAGGCUUCUGAAUUCGCGUCUUUACUGCCCCGCCUUCUUCUUACCGGGGCACCCCCGGCAGCGGCCGACCAAGCAGCCCAGCCUGCAAGCGGGGCUCUGCCGCAGGCAACAGGGAAGGAAACAGGGCCCGCGAAGGAUGACCAGUGUAAGGGAGCGCCGCAGGCAGGCAGCGGGGGCCUUGUCCCCGAGGAGGCCACCGCCGAGCGAGCGAUCCUGCCCUGCAGACCGGAUCGGAAUCUGAAGACGGCUCCGGGUUGAUCUCCUGACACGUGGCAGGAAAGCGGGGCUGAGCAUCAUGUGCCACAGAGGCCCGUUCCUGUCGGAGGGGCCGGGAGCGGCCCUAGAUCACGAACGUCUGUCUCCAGCUCUG